AGUGCCGUUCGAGCCGGCCGGCAGUGUGUAUCGCUUCCGACCGCGCCGCGUUUCAACCGUUUCCAAAACAGUGUUAUGCCAAAAAGUUUAGUGUGACCCACUCACAUAUUUUUAUUUUUGUGCUGUGCCCAUAUCGCUAAUCUGGAUAAUAUCAUAAAACUCGAGAGUCCCAGCACAAUGAAGCUGGAAUGGGCAGAAAGCGAAUCCGACUUCGGUCUGGAAGAAGCGGCGUUCUACGAGGGACCGACGCCCCUGGCGGCACCCAUGCGCAAGAAGGUCUCCUUCAGCUUACGACUUGAUUUAUGCGAUGAGGGCGGCGGCGCAACUGAGGGCAUUAAGACGGAACCACCCGAGACCGAGGAGCCUCGCGCCAUGCAGAAGGUUCCGUCAUUAUCGGACCUCUCUGAUCCUGAAGCAUCCCUGGACAUCCCAUCGCAGGUGCCGCCGCUCACGCCCGGCACCAACAAGAAAAUGGCCGAGGCGCUGAAGGCCACCUUCGCCUCCUGGGAGAAGGAGCAACUGCGCCUCGGCGUACCAAAAGAUCCUCGACAAUGGAGCGAGGCGGCGGUGGCAGCGUGGCUACGAUGGGCGGCUCGCGAGUUUUCACUGGAGGGUGUCGCGUUGCAGCAGUUCGCGCGCGCGCAAGGCAAGGAUAUCUGCGCCAUGGGCCGAGACGAGUUCGUGGCAAGAGCGCCCGCCUUUAUGGGCGAUAUACUGUGGGAGCAUCUCGAAAUUUUGCAGAAAGAUGUGGAAAAAGAGCGGUCCCUACUCGCAAAUGUACCACCGAACAUGUACGAGAGCAACGUUUGCCUCCCGGAACUUGCCGAGUACAUACCGCCGCCCGCCCACCACUACAACAAUAAUAAUACUGGUGGCUACACAACCGGCGGUCCGCGAGAAGCGGGCACGUACUACCCUGAAGCAAGUAGCGCAACAUCAGCUCCGGGUGCUUCGCCCCUAGAGGAGUACUACCCCCCUGAGUACCCGUCGGGAGCGCCCGCCGCGCCACCACAACCCUACCUUGACGAUUAUUACCACCACGCACACGCACACGCGCAACCAUUGCUCACGCAUGAGCACAAGUACCAGCCGCACACGUAUACCAAGCCUUAUCCCAGAAGCACGGGCGGCCGGUACGGCGGCGAGGUGUACGGCGAGGGCUACGCGGCGGAGUACGGAGGCGCAUGCGAGUGGAGCGAGUGGCCGACCGAGCAGCACGCGCUCAUCCCGCAGGACAAGCUGCCCUACCCCGCCUCCGGUCUCUGUUUCACUGGAUCAGGCCCGAUCCAACUAUGGCAGUUCCUGCUGGAGCUGCUCACCGACAAGAGCUGCCAAGGCUUUAUCUCCUGGACUGGAGACGGCUGGGAGUUUAAGCUCACCGAUCCCGAUGAGGUGGCGAGACGCUGGGGCAUCCGCAAGAACAAGCCGAAGAUGAAUUACGAGAAACUUUCUCGUGGCCUGCGCUACUACUACGAUAAGAACAUCAUCCACAAGACGGCCGGGAAGCGUUACGUCUACCGCUUCGUAUGCGAUCUGCAGAGCCUCCUCGGAAUAUCACCGGAGCAGUUACACGCGAUGUACGAGCCCAAAAUGGAGAAGAAAGACGACGACUGAAUCGAAACUCACGAGCAUCGGAACACACCCAAAAACCGCUCAUAAAUUAUCUAGAAACUAUAAUUAAAUAUCGCGAAAUUUUAAUUUUUUUUUUAUUUGUGCAGUUUUCAGACUUUUUAUACUCAUCUUUUAUAAUGACUGUAAUAAGAAAACAUCAAGGAAAAUCAAUGACUUAAACUACACACAUUUUUGCAGAUCGGUUUGGAACGCUUUAAAUAUUAUCAAAUCGAUUUUUAAAUUUAGCCGUAGAACAAAGUCGUAAGUAGGUACGUAUAACCAGGAUCACAUUACGUCGAUCUGGCCCAUUUAGUAUAAUGUAAAGAUUAAAAAUAUUUAUUGUUUUAAUAUUGGUGCUGUUAAAUUAUUUGACGUGAUAAUCCUUUUUUGAAAAUUUACGCUACUUAUUUUAUACAGGACACCCCUGAUGUAUUUAUAGUAGAUAGUUAAAUUUAUGUAUGGGCUUCGAACCAAUCUGUAAAAAUGUUAUACAUCCCUAAAAUAGACGAUAACUUUUUUAACAAAAGGAUGUUGAAUUUUUGACCUUUUAAAAACAUGGAAAAUAUUUUAAAACUUUUUAAUUUUAUUAACGUGUUUCGUAAUUUUCCGCAGUAUUCAUAUAAAACGUCGGACUUGAUCUCAUAAGCAUCCACCAGUGGAAUCUAUACUUAUUAUACAGUAACAUACGAUCGUUUGGAAGGUUCUAUUAUAAACAUAAUCUUAUAUAUUAAGUACCCAUUCAUGACCAACGGUGCCUUACUAUUUCACAACUUAUUGUUUGUGAAUAUUUUUAUUUCGUAUUAAUAAAAAAACAUUACUGUCACGAUUGGUUUUGAUAUUUGAGCCCCUUAAUACAUUCACACAACAAACUUUAAAUAGGUACUUUUAUUUGUAAAGUAUGAAUCAACGCGUAUUUUACCAAUGAAAUAUUUUCGUAGUCUCAAUGCGCGUAGAAAAUAUCAAAGCACUGUCGAUUCUAUUAAACUUCUAUCAAUUACGUUAGGGCAUAAAAGAUGUUUCCCUAAAGCGAACUAAGAAUGAUAAGCAGUGUCUUUAUAACAAUUCUCGUGCAAACGAAUGACUGUUUGAUGUUCUUCCGUGCUAAUGUUUACAACGUUGUAACGACCUGUUACAUAAUGUUACAUGUAUAACAUCGCGGAUUUAAAACAAAACGUGGUACAUAUUUUAUGAUUCAACUUUAAAUUACUGUAACUAUUCGAUAAAGGUACUGAAGUGCAAGUGAAUAAAACAUAUGCAUAGAUUAAAUAGUAAAAUUCUGCUAUCGAUUUAAUAAUACUGUAAAUAUAAGUUAAUUUGUUACUUUAUAAAGAUAAUUAGGUAUUAUAUUAUAAUAGUUCUUAAGUGUUGUAUGUUUGAUUCGCAAUUGUUGCAAUAUGCGGUUAAAAUAAUGCAUAGUUAAAAUGAUGGACAUAAAGAUAAUUAGGAAUCUUUUUUAAUAUUUUUGUUCGGAAAAGUCCAAAGAUUUCGGAAAUCUAUAAUACCCACCAAUUGGUAAAACUAUUGUGAUACCAAAGGGAUGUUCGCGUUUAGGCAAGUCUCAAAAUAUGCGACCUAAUCAAUUUGUAUUGCAGUUAAUAUUAGAAAAUCUGAGAUGACAUGAAACAAAUGCCCUGUUAAAAAAAAACAACAUGCUGCAACAUCGGGUGACGUCAAAUUGUCGCUGAUCUCGUAAUAAGGGAUUGUAAUUUCUAACUAGUUAUGAAAUUAAUUAGAUGUAUUAUUUUCAAUUUUUAUAGCUCCUAGCAUACACCGAAGAUAUUUCGAUAAGUUUUAUUUUGUAAAAUAUUCUCCUCCUCCAUCAAUAACAUACUUUGUUGCUAGUACUCAGCCGGUGGGGAUUUUUGAUUUUUUGAUAUAAUUACGACGGUGCUGUAACCUAUACAUUAUAAUACAUUCUAACAAUGUCUUCCCCGUUCGUUUCAAAGUAUUGAGCUUCUUGGCUGAAUAAGUAAGGUUUGAAAUAGCUUAUGAAGUUCUGAAACUAUAUAUUUAUUGUUUAUGUUUAUGAUCCAUAUCAAAGAACGUUACGUUAUACUUACAUCUAAUUGCAGCCAAAUUUUUAAUGUACGUGUAAAUGUCUUUGUAUGUAUUGAUGGAAGAUAUAAAAUUAAAUAUAUAUAUUUACGAAAU